ACCAACUUCGUCUUUUUUUUUCUCUCUUUCUGCGCUUUUGCGAAAGAAUAAAAAUGGUUUCUGGAUUCCCCAGCGGCGGUGGUGAUGGUAGAUCUACCCCUGGAGGCUUCGGAACCGUCGUGAACAAUAAUCCUCAGCCGACGUAUAGGAGUCAGAGUCCCGGAAUAUUCCUUGAUCAGACCGGAAACAGAUUCUCCGGUGGGAAACGCACUCUAGCUGAUUUUCAAGCGGCUCAGCAGCAACAAGCAGCUGUCAACGCGUUUCUUCUGAGGUCAGUGAAGCCUAGAACUUUCCAGAACCUCCAAUCCCCGACGAUCGGUCUCACGUCCGUUAACGAUAUGGGUUUGUUCGGUGGUUCGUCUCAGACGCAGCAUCAAACGGAUUUGGUUGGGAUCCGAAUGGGAUACGGUUCGAGUAUUGAACCGGUUCAGAACCUAAACCGGGUUGAGGAUUCAAAGAACAUGUUGAGUAGCAGUUUAAGAGAGCUCGAGAAACAGCUUUUAGAGGAUGACGACGAGAGUGACGCACAAGGCGGUGGUGAUGACGUGUCCACCAUCACACAUUCGAACAGCGACUGGCUUCACAGGGUCUUGACUCCGGUUUUGUCCUCUUCGCCGAGCUCUGCUUCCUCGCCUUCCACGACGUGUUCGAGGCAAACAGUGAUGGAAAUCGCGGCUGCGGUCGCGGAGGGGAAGACGGAGAUCGCGGCGGAGCUUCUGGCGUGUGUUUCUCCGACGCCGAAUCAGAAGACGAACUCCGAGGAGAGGCUGGUGAAUUUCAUGGUGACGGCGCUUCGGCUGCGGAUUAAUCCGGCGGAGAAGGAGAGUCGUGCUCCUCCUUCUCCGGCGACGGCGACGGAGCUGUAUGGGAAGGAGCAUCUGAUCUCCACUCAACUGCUUUACGAGCUGUCUCCUUGUUUCAAACUAGGUUUCAUGGCGGCUAAUCUCGCUAUUCUCGACGCCGCCGGUGACAACCACGACGGAGGAGGGGUGCUGAUGCACGUCGUCGAUUUCGAAAUCGGUGAUGGGGGACAGUACGUUAACCUCCUACACGCGCUCUCCACGCGCCGGAGCGGUGAUGAUAAACCUCUGGUGGUUAAGAUCACCGCCGUGACGAACCACGGUGGAGAGAGGAGGCUGAAAGCCGUGGGGGAUCGUUUGAGCCAACUCGGUGAUCGACUCGGUGUCUCCUUAAGGUUUAAAGUAGUGGCGAGUUUAAGACUCGGCGACAUAAGCCGCGAGUCGCUUGGAUGCGGUCCCGACGAGCCUUUAGCGGUGAACUUGGCUUUCAAGCUCUACCGUGUCCCUGACGAAAGCGUGUGCAUGGAGAAUCCGAGAGACGCGCUUCUCCGGCGCGUGAAAGGACUCGAGCCGCGCGUUGUGACUUUGGUGGAGCAAGAGAUGAAUUCGAACACCGCGCCGUUUUUGGGGCGGGUUAGCGAGGCGUGUGCGUGUUACGGUGCAUUGCUCGACUCGGUGGAGUCGUCCGUGGCGAGUUCGAACUUGGACCGUGCCAAAGUGGAGGAAGGGAUUGGCAGGAAGCUGAUAAACGCUGUGGCGUGCGAAGGGAUUGAUAGGAUCGAGCGGUGCGAGGUGUUUGGGAAGUGGAGGAUGAGGAUGAGCAUGGCAGGGUUCGAGUUGAUGCCAGUGAGUGAGAAGAUAGCUGAGUCGAUGAAGAGUCGACUCGGUAACGGAAACAUAGUGCACUCUGGUUUUACCGUUAAGGAGGAUGACGGAGGUGUGUGCUUUGGUUGGAUGGGACGGACACUCGCUGUCGCAUCCGCUUGGCGUUAGCUUCACAAUCUUUUUCUAUUUUGAUUUUUUUUUUUUUGCUUCUUAUGACUACCAUAUUAUUACUGUUGUUAUUAAUUUUGGGGAUAUACUAAUAUUACUAUCGUUGUGAUUUUCCAUUUUAAAGUGUAUCAAAUAUAUAAAAAUGGAGGAUUGGAUGAAUAAAGGGAAAGGUAGGAAAGCUUAUGUAACAAAGAAAGGGGAUUUUUCAGAUUUUAUUAAUAUAAAAGAAAGUGCGAUUGAGUUUUA